AUGGCUGACUUUAUCUCCAAGUUCAAAGCUUUGUCUUUGAAAGACAUUUCAGAAGCCAAUGACUCCCAAUUCCCGCAAUUAUCCAACGAGGAAAAGGCAUUAGCUUCUCAAUUCGAGACUUUAUCAACUAGAUUCGACGAACCUGAAUCAUUGACAUCGUUGAACGAAUCUUUGAAAACCAAAACGUUUGUUGCUGGUAAUGUCCCAUCUAAGGCUGAUUUAGUUGUUUUUGAAAAGGUCUUGCCAUUGGCAUCGAAGUGGACGUCUAACGACGAUCUUGCUAAAUUCAGACAUGUCUUGAGAUGGGCUGAUUUAGUUCAAAAUACUUUAGUUGACGUUCCAGAAUCCGAAAAAUUGAAGAUAAACUACGAUGCUGCUAUUCCAAGAGAAGUCAAGGAAAAGAAGAAGCCAGCUGCCGCUGGCGCAGCUGGCGCCGCCGGAGCUGCACCUGCUCAAGCAAAGCCAAAGGAAGCCUCUACCGACGAUAAGAAGGGUGAACCAUUAUCCGAAGAAGACAAGAAGGCUAAGGCAGAAGCUCAAAAGGCCAAGAAGGCAGCCAAGGCGAAGGCUAAGGCAGAAGCUAACGCAAAACAACAGGCUGCUGCUGUUCCUCCAAGCCCUGCUAUGAUUGAUUUCAGAGUUGGUUUCAUCCAAAAAGCAGUCAAGCACCCAGAUGCCGAUGCCUUGUAUAUGUCUACCAUUGACAUGGGUGAUGCAGAAGGUCCAAGGACUGUUUGUUCUGGGUUAGUCAAAUAUAUCCCAAUCGAAGAAAUGCAAGAGAGAUAUGUCGUUUGUAUUGCUAACUUGAAACCAGUUACCAUGAGAGGUGUUAAGUCAUGUGCUAUGGUAUUGUGUGCAUCUAAUGAAAACACUGUCGAAUUCGUUAACCCACCAGCAGGUUCUAAGGCAGGUGACAAACUUUUCUUCGAAGAUUUCAAUGGUGAACCAGAAAAACAAUUAAAUCCAAAGAAGAAGAUUUGGGAAGCCGUUCAACCACACUUCUCUACUAAUGACAAGUUCGAAGUUACUUACACCGAAGAAGGUAAAGAACCAAAGAGAUUAGUAAAUGCCAAUGGUGAGUUAUGUAAGAACUCAACUAUUAUCAAGGCUGAUGUUAAAUGA